AUGGCAGGUAUUGAAGGUGUCGAAAAUGACCAACAAAAUGAUACUGAGCAAAGACGAAACCCUGAAGAAUGUGCAGACGAAAAUUCAGGAGAAUCUACCGAAAAUACAGCCGAUGAAGACAUUGAACCUAUGCAAGUAGACUCACCCCCCUCUGAACUGAGCGGCCAAAGUAGCGAUGAGCCCUCAACACCCCCAUCUGAUUGUGAUGACCCCCCUAUGGAAACCCUUACAGCCCCCAUAAUAAACAAAAACACAACAUUAGGUGAUAAUGCUGACUCUAAAGAUGAUGAUAUAAAGACAGUCAGCAAUGAUGGCAAAGAAGUUGUAAUGAUACAGGACACUGGUUUUACUGUGCAAGUACAAAGCCCAAAUGCUGAACCAUUUGAUCUACCAGUCAGCUCCAUGGAGCUCGUACAGGAGAUCCACCAGGUGCUCAUGGACAGAGAAGACACAUGCCACAGGACUUGUUUCUCAUUACAAGUCGAUGGCGUCACAAUGGACAACUUUGCUGAAUUGAAGAGCAUUGAAAACCUCAAUGAAAAGUCACUUAUAAAAGUUAUAGAAGAGCCUUACACAGUCAGAGAGGCCAGAAUACAUGUAAGACAUUUACGUGACCUGCUUAAGUCAGUGGAUAACGCAGACUCUUACAAUGGAGUUGACUGCAAUUCUCUCUCAUUUCUUAAUGUUGUCACAGAUGGAGAUAUUCUAGAUAAGAAAAAGGCGAAGCCAGAUUCCAUGGACUGUACGCCACCAGAUUACAUUAUGCCCGGCAGUAAAGAGCGCCCUCUAUUACCAUUACACCCUACCAUCAAAGAUGGCAAGGUCCCAGCAUGCCUUAAAGUAUUGACAUACAGUGGAUGGAAUCCCCCACCAGGCAACAGGAGAAUGCAUGGUGAUCUUUUAUACCUCAACAUAGUUACAUUAGAAGACAAACGCUAUUACAUCACAAGCUCAACAAGAGGCUUCUAUGUCAACCUGUCAACAGAAGAUGAAUUCAACCCCAAGGCAGCCCCUCAGAAAUACCUCUCUCACUCUCUCAUAGACUUACUCAACCAGGUUAGUCCAGGUUUUAAGAAGAACUUUGCAGUCCUACUGAAGAAAAGAUCACAGAAAAAUCCCUUUGAGCGUGUGCCCACCCCAUAUCAGGUGUACAGCUGGAUGUCGCCUCAUAUGGACCACCCUGUAGAUGCUAUCAGGGCAGAAGAUGCAUUUUCCUCCAGACUUGGCUAUGAGGAACACAUACCUGGACAGACCAGAGACUGGAACGAAGAAAUACAGACCACCAAAGAACUACCACGUAAAACCCUCCCAGAACGCCUUAUUAGAGAGCGAGCUAUAUUCAAGGUUCACAGUGAUUUUGUAGUAGCUGCAACUAGGGGAGCAACUGCAGUAAUUGAUGGGAACAUUAUGGCAAUAAACCCAGGAGAAGAUUCAAAAAUGCAGAUGUUCAUUUGGAAUGGCAUAUUCUUCAGUCUUGGAUUUGAUGUGAAAGAUCAUUAUAAAGAAUUUGGUGGCGAUUAUGCUGCAUAUGCUGCACCGGCCAGUGAUCUCCAAGGUGUCAAAGCCUAUUGGCAACUAGAUCUGGAGGGACUUUACACACUUGGUACAGUUGUAGUUGACUACAGAGGCUACAGGGUCACUGCACAGUCUAUCAUACCAGGAAUACUGGAGCGAGAACAAGAACAGUCUGUCGUGUACGGGUCUGUAGAUUUUGGAAAAACGGUUGUCACCGAUGAAAAAUACAAAGAACUAUUACAGAAGUCUGCAGUUGGCUUGAAAGUCUGCCCACAUAAAGUUAUCAACAGUAAAGAUGAAGAGAUUGAGCUCCUGUCGUCUGUUGAAUGCAAGGGCAUUGUGGGAAAUGAUAGACGCUACUAUAUUUUAGAUUUAUUGAGAACUUUUCCACCUGAUGUCAACUUCCUUGAUGUGUCUCCAGAGGAGGUUGGUGCAGAAGCUAGAAAACAGGGGUUCCCCCACCCUCACAGGCACAAGAUGGUCUGUUUAAGACAGGAACUCAUAGAAGCUUUUGUUGAGGAGCGCUACCUACAGUUUGUGAAACAUGCAGCGUUCCAGUUCCAACAACUACGUCUUCAGAAACAAACAGCAGCAGCUAAUGAGGCAGCUGAAAAGUCCCAGUCUAAAGAGACCACCCCUGAAACACUAGUCAAUGGCACAGAGUCAAAUGAGACCAAACCAAUCAAAACAGAGGAAACAAAACCAGCAACCACUGAGGAGAAAUCUAAUUUAAAUGAAACACAAAGCGGAACGAACAAAAAUGAAACCUCAACAGAGAAGACUGAUGCUCUUCCAACUGAUGAGGCCAAGAAAAUAGUCGAAUCUUUAGCUGGAUCAGGAGAGGCCAGAGAGAUUGUAACAAAGGCAGCUAAGUUUGUAGGCUCACUGAGUGACACUGAGUUUGUUCUCACCUUCAACCCUGACCUCCACCAGCCAUACGUCAAGCAUGUUGACCCUGAGAGUGAACAGUUUGAACGUCAGAAGAAACUUGUCCGAGAUGCAGCAGAAUUUGUAUUAACCAAUCAAAUUCCUUCAUUUAUCCGUGAUUGUUUGGAACAUACUUCAUCACCCAUAGAUGGCUAUACACUCUCAGAGUCACUACAUCAUAGUGGCAUCAAUAUUCGUUACCUAGGCAAAGUAACAGAAAUGCUGGCUAAAUAUCCUGACCUUUCAUAUGUAUAUAGCAUAGCUGUUAUGGAGAUGGUAUGUCGGGCCACCAAGCAUCUAUUCCAGCCAUACAUGCAUGGUGUUGAGAUGAUGAGUGUGUCUAGUGCAGUCAGUCACUUUCUCAACUGUUUGCUAGGGUCAUGCCCCACCCCCCAUGCCCAGGUGGCGGCUGAUGAGCUUCAGAGUCGUACCUCACGUAAGAAGAACAAAAAGAAGCAGAAAUACACACAGUCUAGUGAUGGCACAGAGUGGCUACAAGAAACUCCUAAAUCUCUAUGGAAGAAAAUCGCACAAGAAGUUUAUGAAUAUUAUGACUACAAAGUUGACAGUGAUUCAGUGGAUACUCUUAUAGAGAAGUACAAUCUGCAGAAAGUGUCCAUCCUUCGCGCAUGCUGCCAUAAGCUUGGUAUACAGAUUGUUCUGAGGGACUACCACUUUGAUAGCAAGAACAAACAGCCCUUCAAUGAUGAGGAUAUCAUUAAUAUAUUCCCUGUUGUAAAGAAUCUUCAUCCAAGGGCCAGUGACGCUUACUCAUUUUUCCAAACGGGUCAGCAGAAAAUCCAACAAGGAUUGCUCAGGGAGGGUUAUGACUUGAUCUCUGAGGCUUUGAAUCUGCUGAACAAUGUCUACGGCCCAAUCCAUCCAGAGAUUGCAGCGUGCUGCCGCCUAUUGGCUAGGUUGAAUUACAUCAUGGGAGACUAUCCAGAGGCUUUAGCAUACCAACAGAAGGCUGUGUUGAUGAGUGAGAGAGUACUAGGGGUGGACCAUCCCAACACUAUCACAGAAUACGCCCAUCUGGCACUCUAUUCAUUCUCAAACACUCGCAUCUCUGAGGCCCUACAUCUGAUGUAUAGAGCCCGCUACUUGGCUUUGCUCUGCUUUGGGGAGAACCACCCAGAGGUGGCGCUGUUUGAUAGCAACAUAGGAUUGAUUCUACAUGCAGUCGGAGAAUAUGAGUUGUCAUUACGCUUCCUGGACAAAGCCCUGGAACUGAACACAAAAUUCUUUGGUGCUAAGAGUCUAAAGGUGGCCAUGUCAUUCCACCUAGUUGCGAGAGCACACUCAUGUAGAGGCGACUUCCGCACAGCUCUCCAGAAUGAGAAAGAGGCUUAUGCCAUCUAUAAAACAAAGCUAGGGGAAGAACACGACAGAACCAAGGAGAGUUCAGAAUGUCUCAAACAUCUCACCCAGCAGGCAGUUGUCUUCCAAAAGAAGAUGAAUGAAAUCUCCAAAGGCGAGAAAUCAGUCUCGUUCCCACCUAUACAGAUUGCCACGCCAUCUUUAAUGAAUGUCCUGGAGACAUUGAAUGUCAUAAACGGCAUUGUGUUCUUACAUAUUAGGCCAGAGGAUAUUGAGAAAUUCAAGCUUGAUAUGUCCCAGCAUGCAAAGCAACGCAAGGAAAUAGAAAAUGGAGAACAAGCCGAUCCAUCUGAUUCAGCGAAUAAGCAAAAUGGUGACUCAUCUUCGAAAGAAAAUUCACCAAAAAUAUCUACACCAAAAGAGAGCUUGUCAAAGGAAAAUUCGCCAAAAUUGGACACAAAAGUUGGUGACAAUAAUGCGAAUUUGAAAAAAGUUACGACAAGUGACAUCACUGAUAACUCGACCAAUGAGCUUAUAACUCAGGUUGAAAAAGACAGCGGACAUAUAGAAAUACAAGCAGGGAGAAAUGUCAAGCCACAUGCAGCCAAUCAAGUACAAACCAAUGCGCAGCUAUUACCAGGAGCUGCUAAGAAGAGUAAGACAUGCAGACAGCUGCAGUAUCCCGAGCAGAUACCAGCUGCUAAGAAGAGUAAGACAUGCAGACAACUGCAGUAUUCCAAGCAGAUACCGGACAUGAAAAAUGUCACAGAUGGCCGAAAACGGUUGCCCCAACGACGUAUUGUGACGAGGCAGACAGCCUUACUGUUACAUGUCAAAUUCUUUGGUGUUAAAAGUCUAAAGGUGGCCAUGCCAUUCCACCUUGUUGCGAGAGCACAUUCAUGUAGAGGCGACUUCCGCACAGCUCUCCAGAAUGAGAAAGAGGCUUAUGCCAUCUAUAAAACACAGCUUGGGGAAGAGCACGACAGAACCAAGGAGAGUUCAGAAUGUCUCAAACAUCUCACCCAGCAGGCAGUUGUCUUCCAAAAGAAGAUGAAUGAAAUCUCCAAAGGCGAGAAAUCAGUCUCGUUCCCACCUAUACAGAUUGCCACGCCAUCUUUAAUGAAUGUCCUAGAGACAUUGAAUGUCAUAAACGGCAUUGUGUUCUUACAUAUUAGGCCAGAGGAUAUCGAGAAAUUCAAGCUUGAUAUGUCCCAGCAUGCAAAGCAACGCAUGGAAAUAGAAAAUGGAGAACAAGCCGAUCCAUCUGAUUCAGCGAAUAAGCAAAAUGGUGACUCAUCUUCGAAAGAAAAUUCACCAAAAAUAUCUACACCAAAAGAGAGCUUGUCAAAGGAAAAUUCGCCAAAAUUGGACACAAAAGUUGGUGACAAUAAUGCGAAUUUGAAAAAAGUUAUGACAAGUGACAUCACCGACCAAUGA